GGCCUCGUUUUGACAUCAAAAUAACCAGCUGUGAAGUGUCAAUUAUCUUGACAAAUUUGGCGAUUUUGCAUGAAUCUGAGCGGGUAGGCAAGGAUCGAGAGAGAUCAUGGAAGAAUCAGACAGCAGUCAACAACCUAAAAGAUGUUCCUGUGGAUUUUGGGGGUCUUCACAAACAUCGGGACUUUGUUCAAAAUGUUACAAAGCGACAGUCCAGGAAAAGACCAAGGAAGGCCUUGAUCCGAAGUCAGAAUUGAUGCGAAAUCGCCAAAGUGCCUAUGCAAAUCAUGACAACGUGGGUGCUACAUCUUCAUCAUUCCUACCCACAGGAUGCAACCCUUCGGCUGCAAGCACAUUGGAAAAAGCCGAAGAGCUUAUCAGACAGGCUGUGAAACAGCAAACAGCCACAGAAAACAGUAGCAGCAGUGCCAGUAGAUUGUUUACUGACUCUCAAGCAAGUAAAGAGAGUUCAAACACUAGUGAUACCGGCAAAAACUCUGAGAUUGUUGCACCUGAGAGUUCAGUGUCUAUAUCAAAGGAUGACACAGAUUUAGUUGUGAAAGACUCUGCAAAAUCAGUAGUGACCCCUUCUACCUCAGCCAAAACUACUGACUCUGAUGCUGGAAAAGGUGAUCUUUCAUCUAGUGAUACUACCAGUAAUAAGACUGUAUUGGAUGCAAAAAGUUCCACAUCAGAACUGGAGAGUCCAGAAAAAAGAGGAGUGAAAAGGAACAGUAGUGCGUUGGACUGUGACGCCGAGCCCGAUUCAUCCCCUGAAAAACAGGGGACCAAAAGCAAGCGACGCUGUAACGUAUGCCGUUGUAAACUUGAGCUGGCACAGCGGGCUAUUGGAAAAUGCAGAUGUGAUAAUGUAUUUUGUUCUCUCCAUCGUCUUCCGGAGCUCCACAAAUGCCAGUUUGAUCACAAAGAGGACGGGCGACAGCAGGCUCGUGAGAAAAUGGUAAAGCCAACCCGCCACCUCGGAACCUCGUUUAAACGCAUGGACUCUGAUUCAUGAUCUCGGCAUAUGUUAGAUGACUUAUGGGAAAACUAGGAGUAAUUAUUACUAUUGUACACUGCAUUUUUUUGUAUAGAAAAAAAGUAAUAAUCUGAAAUGAUGGCACAGUCUUAAUGCAAACUAACAACUUUAUAUACAUGUAUACAUUCAUCUUGUUUAUUGACUUAACAUAUGUUUGAUUGGACUAAAUUUAAUUGUUUGUACAUGUUUAAUAUCUUUAUUUAAUAAACCAUGUAUGCAUUUUCAAAGAAUUUAGCAGUUAUUUGUAAUGUUAUGUUUAAAGUAACAUACUUAAGCAGAUUUUUUUUCUAGAUUCUUGUUUUGAUAAGUAGAUUAGUUUUGUUGGAGUAUUUAUUAAUAUAAAUGAUAGAUACAACACAUUGAAAAUUGACGCUACCUUUUUUCAAUUUCCUGGUAAGAAAGGGAUUUUGAACAAAUUUAUGAUAACCAUAAAGAAAUAUAGGAAUUUGAAUGUUUUAAACAUGGUAUGAUAGUCAUACUAAUAACUUAAUGUGCUUGUUUUUUAUUAGAUUUUUUUGUCUUCUCAUUUGAACAUUGGGAUCAUUUUUAUCUUAUUUUGAUCAAUGAUUAAUAUGGUACAUGUUUUCGCAAUGAAUCAACCAUCAAGUGAAAUAUUUGUUUAAUUAGAUGUGAAUCUGUGUGUUGCAAAUUGCUAAUGUAUAUUGUAUUUUAUAUGGUUCCAAUUUUUGUUUGUUUUUUGUUUGUUUAUUCAAAUGCUUGCAUUUCAGUCACUUCCUCCUAAAGGCUGUGAUUCAUAAUCCACUUUUUAAAACUCUGAAUUUAGAAAUUAACUGUGCCUGUUGCAACACGUCUUGUGUUUCAAGUGAAAUACUGGAUUUUGCCGUAAAGAUAUUUAGCCUUAUAAUUUUAAGACCUGAAUAUAAAAUUGUCAUAUGGUAUGUACAAUAACAUGUGUACUGCAAAUAAAUCCAUUUAAUCAGUGAACGUUUCAACUAUGAAUAUCUGAUACCUUGAUCAUAACCAUAUUCAUGUAUUGAUUAUAGUUCAUUAUGUAUGUUUGUGUUUCCCUGUUUCCCAGUAGACUAGAAUGGUGUAUAUUAGUAUGAAGUACCUCAUUUUGUAAGGCAUGUGUAUGCAUUAUUCUGUUUUUUCUUUAUUUAUCUGGUUUCUGGUCUUGGACUAUGAUUGUAUGACAAGUUUGCUUGUGGCUUAAAAAAAUGUUACUACAUGUUGUAGUUAUUUUCCCAAAUACCACCUGCAUUACACUGUAUAGUAUAACCUGGAUGGUUUCACCUGCAUAGUUCACCUUGAUAGUAAAGCUCCCUUUUCAAAACAUACUUUGCAAUUUGAACCAUCUUCAAGUGGAGAAUCUUUGAAGUGAGUUUUUGGUUCAAAAUUUGGCUGAAAAUCAGAUCCUUGAAAAGGUCUACACAAUUAUCAUUGUACAAGGAUUGAUUUUCAAAUAGAAUCAAUACUCAUCGGAAUACUAGCUGUAUGUUUUAUAUAUAAUAUUAAACAUGCUUUCAGUCAUCCAUGGUAAGGCACUGUUAACAGUUUUGUGUAUUAUAAAAAAAGAUUACUUUAAAUUUAUUUAUUUUUAGUCAAAACUUGUCAUACAAUCAAUAAACUAAGCAAAAAAGUGGCUAUUUGGGGUUUCAACGAUAUUUUGUUAUACUAUCAAGGAUAAGUUGUGUUAUGUAUACACAUGUACUUAUUUUGCACAAUGAGCUUUACAUUAGUCAUUUUAUAUGUAUAUCCCUGAAAAGAUAAAAAUAAUAGCUUAACUGAUUCUAAAUAUAUUGUAUUAUAUGAACAGAGAUAAUCUGAGGAGUGGAGAUAUGAUUAAAAGGAUAUGAAUGUUUGAUCAUACUAUUGGUUGAAAAAUACACAUUUUGAAGGUGAAAUACCUGCAUGUCUCUUGGGUAUUUGUUUCUCUGUGUGCAUUUAUUUAAAAGGGCUGAUUCCAUAAACAACAAUAUAUGCAUUAUUUUCUGAGAUGUAAUUAUUUUAUUGUCAUCUUAAUUUGAUUGUUAUGUGUAAACUAACAAUCUGCAGUGCUAUUGACCCGAAGCCUAAUUGGAUCUCUCAAUCUCCAAAUAUCAUAAAAAUUUAAUCACAAAAGGAUACAAUAAGGCCUGAUGUUCCUGACAUCUUAAUGGAUGAUAAAUAUUCAAAACAUGUGGACCUAAAACCUGAAAAAUUAUAGUUGGUCACUGAAAUGAAGUUGAGAUUAUAUUGAUUGCAACAACCUAGGAAGGCUUGUGAAGAUAGGAAUACACCAUCAGUUUAAUUAAAAGCAGUGGUACUAUAGUUAUCAUAAUUUUCAAAAUUUAUCAAUCUCAAUAUGGCUGGGAAUCGCAUUCACUUGAAACGCUGGUCUCUGUUGGCAUAAAAAAAUACACAAAUUCAUGAUGGGAGGUGAGGGGGGUCAGGCCAUAAUGCAGUCAAUGGGCACAGGCAGGUAUAAAAUCUCAAACAACAAAGAGUAACCUCUGAGAAGCCUCGAUGCUUAUUUCCUAUGGGGUCCUUUGAAAACCUUCUGGCAUAUUGUCCUUUCAUCUCUCUCGGGUUUGCGUCUGGCAUAUUGUCCUUUCAUCUCUCUCGGGUUUGCGUCUGGCAUAUUGUCCUUUCAUCUCUCUCGGGUUUGCGUCUGGCAUAUUGUCCUUUCAUCUCUCUCGGGUUUGCGUCUGGCAUAUUGUCCUUUCAUCUCUCUCGGGUUUGCGUCUGGCAUAUUUUCCUACUAAUGAUCAUCUUUAGCAUAUUAAAAAUGCCCAGCACAAAUGAAAACGAAAGAUUCAAAAACUUCUUAACAUUAACAAAAAUUAAUUUAUAUUACUGUAAGUAACUUUUGACUGUUUCAGUAUUGUAUCAUAAUGUGAAUCUAAAAUUUAAGUUGUUUUAUUAUUGUUUGAUAUUAUAUGUCAUUAUUGUAUGUGUAAAUUGAAAAUACACAUGGCCAGUCUAAUUCUAUGUUGCUGUUACUUGUGUUUAUUAUUUAGCAAUAAGUUGAAAAUAAAACAGAUACAUAUUCACCUGCACACUGAAUAUUGAAUGUAUACAGUUUUUCAACUAUUGUAAAAGUUGAAUCAGAUACAUGGAUCUGCACACUUAAUAUUGAAUAGAAAUAUUUUUUCAUAAAGGAAUUUUACCGUAUCAAAAGGCUAUUUUUUGUGCAUGUUGGAAUUUAAUUAUCUAACAAAUCACAAAUGCUAUAGUUUAAGUUAUAUGAUAUGGAAUGCAGGAUAAAAGUAUUAUUUGUUUACUGAGUCUGGAUUAAAAUUCCUAAAGAAUGUCAAUGCACUGCAUUACCUUACUGUAAAACAUUUAUAAUGCCAGUACAUGGUUUCCUAUUUUAUUAAUGGAUAGUGAUUAUUGCUUUAAGUGUUCAUUCUCUCUUAUAAAGUGUUUAAGGUAUUCAAAGUCUCAAAUCAUGAUAUAUUAAUACAUAUAAUUUACAAGCUAUAAACCCCUACAUGUACAUAUUUGGGAAUAAUCUUCAAAAGUAGUGUUUUCAAAAGGUCGUUUAAAAUAUAAUUGCAGUUUUGAGUCUGUUCAAAAACAACAUGGGGAGCAUUCCUGCGAGUAUGGACCCCCAGAAGGCAUCAUGCUUCAUCUUGGCUCAGGACUUGCUUCUUUUUUUCUUUUGUGUUUUUUUUUUAUCAUUUAUUGUUUUUGUUUUUUUAUUUAAUUUAUAUUCUGUACAGCUAUACAUAGAUUAUGAUUUAGUUUUGAAUGACAGCCGAGGGAUGCAACUUAUGUGUUAUAGAAAUGUAGUCUGUGUUAUAUCAUUAAUUUUUCAUAUUUCACAUUUUAUGGUACUAAACUUAAUAAAGCUUCAAUUAAAA